UGAAUUAGAAAUAUUAUUUUUACCAUUACUUUCACAUAUAAAAUGUUCUUGCAGAUGGUGUACGAGAGGCGUAUUAUUAUCGCCGAUGACGUCAUUUCAUUGUCCGGAGAUCUGCUGAAGACGGCUGUGAACGCGACACUGACUUCCAAAUCGGGUUGUCCCAUGCUCUACGAACGUAUUGGAAAUCACUGCCUGGCGUUCUUCUCACUCUCGAAGACACGCAUACUUGGCAUGACUCAAGCGUGUGUCCGCAUGCUGCAGGUGCCGUGGCCGGAAGCGAGGCAGUUUUGCAAGUCCAUUUUCGGCGACCUUGUGACCCUGAACAACGUACAAGAUUUCGUGCAAGUUAUACAACAUAUUAAAGCUGCCCAAUUAACGACCGAUUUCUGGCUCGGCGGCAGAUAUGACAUGGACGUGAACUCGUGGGCGUGGGUUGCUGAAGACACACCCAUGCCUCUGGGUUCUCCAUACUGGGGCGAGAAGUACAUUACCCCGUGUGUUCCUCGGCCGCCUCCUCACUCAGACCCUUUCAGUGACCCUCCGAGCGCCCUGCCCGGAGCUCCGUGUUUUUACUAUGUCCAGUCGCCCCGACAGCGCCAGCAGGGAUGGUGCAGUGCCAUGACCUACGAGCACCACUUCUACCUCACGGACGAGGAGUGCCAGAAUGCCUACAGCCCCUUGUGCGUCCUUACUCAUAUGCCACAUCAGUAGGGGAAGUGACUUCGAAGUUGAUCUUAAGGCGUUACUCGUACGCUACAGAAUUAAUUUUCCUUCAACCUAGUUAUUCUUACGUUUGGCUAUGCUUCGAGUUCUAUGCUGGGCUAUUUUCUGCCUUAAAAACGAACAUGUUUGAAAUACGUGUAGGUUAAAAAAAAAAAAAAAAAAAAAAAAAAAAAAAAAAAAAAAAAAAAAAAAAAAAAAAAAAAGACACUGUGGUAUAUUUUUAUUUUCUGGUUUUCACUGGCUCGAUUCUAAUGCAUGUAGAAUUUAGUUUACAAUAUUGUAGUCAAGGAUGUCCAUCAUAUGUUUGUUUUACUAAUAAGUAAUGGCAAAGACAGAGUGAUUAUUUUUUCUAUCCUUACCCUUGACGCUUCGAAACAAAUAUUAUUAUUAUUGUUAUUACCAUUAUUAUCAUUAUUCCUAUUAUUAUCAUCGUUGUUACUAUUAUUAUUAUUUUCAUCAUUAUUAUUAUCACUAUCAUUAUUAUUAUAUUAUUAUUAUUAUUAUUACUAUUACUGUUACUAUCAUUAUUAUCAUAAUUAUCAUUAUCCAACACCAUCUGUCUAUGGUACAAGUGCCCUCAUUAUUAAAACUUUUUUCCACAAAAUAUGUGCUGAUUCA